CGCCAGUCGGCGAGGGACCUUGUGACCUGGCUUUCACAUGGGUAUGGCCUCGAACAGGCUGGGCGGAAGGGUUACAAGCCAGCGGCACUUAUACAGGCUACCCUUGAGCAUGUCGCAUCGCCAGAUCAUUUCCUAAAAUUUUUCGUUUCAUAUAUCUACGAAGAAUUAUGUCCAAAGGAUACAACUGUGGUUGAUUUCAACAUUGAUGACGCCUUGUCGUAUUUCGAUGGCUUGGCUUCACGGAAACCUGAACAGUUGAACAACCUUAAGGAAGCUCUUGAAAAAUGCGCUGAGUAUAUUGUUGAAAAUUUCCUGCUUCCCCUCAGAGCCUCAUCUGUCAAAACGCCACAACCGACUCCCACAUCAUUGUCGUCCCUGCAAAGCUCUACUCCAACCGGAACCAGGCAGCGUGUAUCCGUUCUACGACAGAGUUGUCUUGUGCGUGACCGCCACCGUUGUGUAGUUACUCGAAAAUUCGACCGAGCCGAAGCCAAAAAACGAUUCGCACAAAAUGGAGAGUUCUGCACGGAUGAUGACGAUAACCUGUUGAGGGGAGAGUCUAGUGACCAGUUUCAGUUCUUGGAGGUUGCCCAUAUUCUGCCCCACUGUCUGACAACAAUAGCUUCUGGAGAGACGGAUUUGAGUGAUUCAAAGAAAAAUGUUCUCCGCAUCUUAGAUAUGUUCGAUCCUGGGAUUGGCCAUCUCAUUGAUGGCCCGAAAAUCGAUAGCCCCUCAAAUGCCAUCACUUUAACCCUCGAUUAUCACCGGUUAUUUGGCGAGUUUCAGAUUUAUUUCCAAUCCACUGGCAUACCUCACCAGUACAGGAUUGACUCCACAGAGCAAAGCCCUUUUCUGCGUGACCCUUUGUUUCCUGUCACUCGCGACCUCACCUUGAGUCCCAACCAUACAAUUGAUCCUCCAUCCUCCCGGCUCCUCGAUGUCCAUCGUGCAAUUGCCCUCAUUCUGAAACUGAGUGGCGCAGGUGAGUAUAUUGAGAGAGUCCUUAGGGACAUGGAGCAGUUACACAUCAGCGAGGACGGGUCAACAAAUUUGGGAUCCCUUGCGGGCCUACGACUUGGCGGAUGGUUAACCUUAUCUGUGCAUUAA